AUGUCGAAAAUGGAAACGUUAAACUUCGAAAAUACCUCUGGGAUCCUCACUCUUCCAAACGAAAUCCUAUCGAAAAUCAUUUACGAAGCUCUUCGCCCCGGCUUCCAAACAUCCAAGUCCCAGGUCGCCGUUCGGCUAGCCCCAGUCUGCCGGCGAUUUUAUGAUAUCGUGAUUUGGCAUUUGUACUCUCACUGUUACAUUCAACUUCAGUGUUAUUGGAUGAGAGAUCUCCCUAGCUGCCUUAUCAAAUUCCGUGGGUUUGGAGACGAUGUUCGAACUGGAUACAAAAUUGCCUCAAAAAGAUUUGAGAAUUACAAGGCCCAUGGAAAACAUGUUAAGAUCUUAACCAUGCGAAGGGAAACAAAAUACAUUGGAGACCUCGGUUUCUGUUAUUUCGAUUCCAUGUCCCGAGAUGGUGGCCGCCAAAUGUUCACGCAACCUUUCGUGACAGCUUUCCCAAACCUCAAAACCAUCACUCUAAAUGACCGGGUCGACGACCCCCUACCCGCAGAAUACAUGCUCGGAUCUCUCGAAAACAUUCUGAACACCUUACCCGGUCUAAAAAAUCUAAACCUCUACUUACAUAUUGCACAUUCAAAUUCCGAAGUGUUAAAGACCUUUGUAGAGUCGCAAAAAUAUUUAGACGAACAACCACCACCUCCAGCCACAGCUGCAAGGCUUCAGGCCGUAAGCAUUGAUUUAUCCGUCGGCACCCAGAUAUUCAAAGACCUCGGUAUAGGCAAUUGGCUUCUUUCGACCCUACCACCGCUAUUGCAGCCUUCUUUCGGCACCAUAAAUAGUUUCACAUUCACAGUUUCCGGACGCCCUGACCCCAGAAAUUUAUACACGGACCCGAUAUCAACAACUUCUCAUGAAUCGACAUCCCUAAACCCCCUAAAUCGCAAAUUCCACUUUUCUAAUCUCCGAUGCCUCAAAUUCUCAACGCGUGGGGACAACGUCGCGAUACUCACUGAGUUCCUUAGCAGCGAGAGUUUUGAAAAUGUUGAAGAAAUGGAGAUCAGAGACGCGGCGCAUGUGUCCCGUGAAGAGCUGAUAAAUUUUCUAACCACCCGGUUCCCCCGCCUUAAGACCAUAAAUAUCAUGAAACUAGACGUACUGUGGGAGGGCGUGAACUGGCACUUCAUACGCGACAUAAAACGGGAGAUAUAUACACUCAAAACUGUAACCGCAUACACGAAAUCGACUAGAGAGCAAAUAGAGAAAGAUUUAGGUCCCGAGUUCAUGGAGAGCAUGAAGAAACUGGUGUAUGAGCGAAGCGAGUUUCAGAUAACUGCGGCGCCUUGGAGAGUUGUAUUCAGGUUUUAA